GGACUGAAGGCUUGAACUUGCCAGUGAGAUUUACCUCAGGUCUUCAGCACUGUAGCUCCACUGAACUGUGAUCCCAUCAUGUUCAUCAACAGCAAUGUGGCAGUACUGUUGGUUGUGCUGAUUUCUUGUGGCACAGUUUAUCCAGGAAGAAUUAUUGGAGGGCAUGAGGCUGUGCCACACAGCAGGCCAUACAUGGUGCUUGUUGAGAGACACAUGUCAAAUGGUGAAAAAAAAUACUGUGGUGGAUUCCUACUGAGUGAAGACUUUGUGAUGACUGCUGCCCAUUGUCAAGCCAAGUAUUACAUGGUUUAUCUUGGGCUUCACAACAUGCAUCAUAUGACUGAUGAAGUGCAGCGCAUAACUGUGGAACAAGCAUUUCCGCAUAUAUCUUACGACAGUAAAACAUAUAUGAAUGAUGUCAUGCUCCUUAAGCUGAGCUCCAAGGCAAAGUUGAAUGGGAAUGUGAAAGCCAUCAAUCUGGCAACCAGGUCGGACAAGGCUCUGCCGAAAUCAUGUUUCGUCUCCGGCUGGGGUCGAGUAGAAGCAUCCAAUGGAAAUUUGUCCCCCAAACUAAUGGAAAUCAAUAUAACAUUGAUUGAAAAUGAGAAGUGUAGAAUGCAAAACUCGUACUGUUCAGAAGGAAUGACUGGACCGAGUCAUGGGGACUCUGGAGGUCCACUGGUUUGUGAAUUUGGGACAGCUUAUGGAGUGGUGGCAUCCAUGUUCCUGCCAGAUUCAAAUGAGCCCCCAUUGUAUAGGUAUGCCAGAAUACCUGACUACAAGGGCUGGAUCACCACAACUAUAAAAACAGCCCUUGAAACAAAAAGAAGCUGAGAAUUUGCUAAAAUAUUUCAUUUGAUUUCACUUUUUAUUUGGCAACUAACUGAGAAGAUUUCAAGUUGAAUAAAUACCUAUAAUACUACCAGACUCACUCAUGUUAUGGCUUGUGCUUCUACAUUUGUGCUGUAUCAUGAGCAAACAAAAAUAAACAUGCUCUCUGUU